UUCAUUUUUUUGGGAACAUGCAGGCGAGUUAGGAGGAAGCCACGUUGACAGCAGCGCGGUGGCAGCUGAGUUGCAGAUUCACAAAGGUGGAAAGUGUCUGAUUGUCACCCAACAGCUACAUCUUUUGUUUAGUCACAACACACCAUUAGAAGAAUAUCUAUAAAAUAUAAAAAUGAGCGUCGGGUUCAUUGGAGCGGGGCAACUGGCGUAUGCCCUGGCGAGAGGGUUUACAGCUGCAGGUGUAAUAACAACUCAUAAGAUCACAGCCAGUUCCCCAGAUACUGGACUCCCUACUGUGACCGGGCUAAGGAAACUGGGUGUGAAUUUCACAACUAGCAACAAGGAGACAGUGAAGAACAGCGAUGUCUUGUUCCUGGCUGUCAAACCUCACAUCAUCCCCUUCGUUCUGGAUGAGAUCGGGCCUGACAUCGAGAAUCGGCACCUGGUAGUGUCCUGUGCUGCUGGAGUCACAAUUAACUCCAUUGAGAAAAAGCUGUCUCUGUGCCACCCGGCCCCGAAGGUGAUGCGCUGCAUGACGAACACGCCGGUGGUGGUGCGGGAGGGAGCCACGGUGUACGCCACGGGCUCUCACGCCGAGGUGGAGGACGGCAAGCUCCUGGAGCAGCUGAUGGCCAGCGUGGGGUUCUGCAUCGAGGUGGAGGAGGACCUGAUCGAUGCUGUGACCGGGCUGAGCGGCAGCGGGCCUGCCUACGCAUUCACAGCCCUGGACGCGCUGGCGGACGGUGGAGUGAAGAUGGGGCUGCCGAGGAGGCUGGCGCUCAGACUGGGAGCUCAGGCCCUACUGGGAGCUGCUAAGAUGGUGCUGGACUCGGAGCAGCACCCGGGCCAGCUGAAGGACAACGUGUGCUCCCCAGGGGGCGCCACCAUCCAUGCGCUGCACGUCAUGGAGAGCGGAGGCUUCCGCAGUCUUCUCAUCAACGCAGUGGAGGCAUCCUGCAUCAGGACCAGGGAGCUGCAGUGCCUGGCCGACCAGGAGAAGAUCUCACCAGCUGCUAUCAAGAAGACAACUCUGGACAAGGUCCUCCAGGAGUCUACCUCGACGGGGGUCAAGGGGAGAAUCAGCCUGCUCAAUAAUAGCAAGGGGACCAAGAACAAGAACUAAAUAUCCAGCAAACGCUUGCCACACAGCAGAGCUGCACGUCCCGUCCUGUCCCCCCCUCCGGAUGAAGGGUAUGAUGUGAGGCACUUGGUUUGCAGUGCCCGGUGGGGCGAGGUAGAAUUUUGGAAGCCAGCGUUGUUUCUUUCCACAGACUUGUGACUCCAGUCAGUCACCAGUAGUUGAGGCUUUGAGCUCUAGUGUAUAGGGUAGUUAAAUAUUUGCAUGCAGUUUUAAAAUAAAAUUUGGUUUCUGCUAGGGGUAAUCAAAGCGUAUUGGCUCUGCUUCUGUUAGUCUCAACAUUUUCAAUGUACAGAAUUUCAGUUAUGAUGUUUAUGUCUGUGCAGCUCAUGUGCAUAAAUUAACAAACAUAACAGAAAAAUAAGCUGCAAAAUUGAAGCUAAAAACUAUAUAAUUGUUGUAAGAAAUGUUUACAAUAUAUUUAUACUAUAUAGUGCCAUGCUAAUACAGCAUUAAAUCCAUUCUCUCCACUGCUUGCAACCUUCGCCCGAAAUAGUGGAAUCUGUAGAACUACAUUGUGUAUAUAUGCUGUACUAUUUUUAUUUUUUAUUUUUUUAAUGUUUUAGUUUGCAGUCUUCUUUGCAUUUGACUUUUCUGUAAAAAUUAUCUGUAAAAUAACAUGAUCUACAAAAUCAUAUUGUAGCAGUUAAAAAUAAAUAAAUACAUUGUGUUCAUGGAUGUUUUUUGAGAGAUUGUUACAGGGGCUGGCCUUUUUCACAAGUAAAUAAAAGUAAGAGCUA